AGCGGCGUCUGCGUGCCCGCCUGUCUGAGCAGUCGUGCGGGAUCGCGGAGCCGGUGUCUGAGUCCCUGUGACCGACAAGAGGAAAGAGACAUAGAGAGAGACAGAGAACCCUCCCCCUGCUGACACCUGCAUGUGGAGCUGACCCACUGCAGCGACAUGGUGGCCAUAUGAAGACUCCCUUCAUAUCCUACUCAUCUAAUGGAAUAGAGCCAGAUACUCUUAAUGUCAAGCCUCCGAGACCCCUGCCACUUUGAUGUGUGAGCACACCCACCAAUAAUGGCCCAUAGGAUACGCAGUGGAAAUACAGCCGAGGCAGACAUCUUCAUGUAUCCCGUCCAGGUCAAGCUGCAGACUUUCUCCCACAACAUCUGACUUUUACAAGAUCCUGGUGACCGGGUGCACAGCAUGAGGCUGCUGUGGAAAUCUGUGGACAAGAUGAGGUGUCUGAGGAAACGCUCCACUAUUCCCUUCCUCGGCUUCCUCAUCACCUUCCUCCUCUUCCUGAACCUCUACAUCGAGGAUGGCUACGUUCUGGAAGAGGAUAAGCGGCAGCUCAGGGAAGCCUCAGUCCACCCACCGAGCUCAGAACGAUACGUUCACACUUUCAGAGACCUUAGUAAUUUCUCUGGAACAAUUAAUGUCACGUAUCGUUAUCUUGCUGGAACCCCGCUGAACCGCAAGAAGUAUCUUACCAUUGGAUUGUCUUCAGUGAAAAGGAAAAGAGGGAAUUAUCUUCUUGAGACCAUCAAAUCCAUCUUUGAUCAGUCCAGUUACGAGGAACUGAAAGAGAUAGUGGUUGUGGUCCACCUGGCCGACUUUGACCUGGUCUGGUGUGAGAACCUGGUUCAGGAAAUCACCAGGAAGUUUGCUCACCACAUCAUAUCCGGACGCCUCCUGGUGAUCCAGGCACAAGAGGAGUAUUACCCGUCGCUGGAUGGAUUGAAAAGGAACUAUAACGACCCGGAGGACCGUGUCCGUUUCCGCUCGAAGCAGAACGUCGACUACGCGUUCCUCCUCAACUUCUGCACAAACCUUUCUCACUUCUACAUGAUGUUAGAGGACGACGUGCGCUGCUCCAGGAACUUCCUGACAGUUCUGAAGAAGGUGAUCAACUCCAGAGAAGGCUCCUACUGGGUGAUGCUGGAGUUUUCCAAGCUUGGCUACAUCGGGAAGCUGUACCACUCCAGAGACCUGCCACGUCUGGCUCAUUUCCUGCUCAUGUUCUACCAGGAGAUGCCCUGUGACUGGCUCCUCAUCCACUUCAGGGGUCUGCUGGCCCAGAAGGACGUGAUCCGCUUCAAGCCCUCGCUUUUCCAGCACAUGGGCUACUACUCAUCUUACAAAGGAGCGGAGAACAAACUGAAGGACGACGACUUUGAGGAAGACUCCAUAGAUAUUCCUGACAACCCCCCUGCCAGCCUUUACACAAACAUCAACGUCUUUGAAAACUAUGACGCAACCAAGGCUUACAGCACAGUGGACGAAUACUUUUGGGGGAAGCCUCCAUCCACUGGAGACUUCUUUGUCAUAGUCUUUAACAAAUCUACCAAAAUCAGUAAAAUUAAGAUUGCCACUGGUUCUGACGACCGGCAGAAUGACUUUCUUCACCACGGAGCUCUGGAAGUGGGAGAGAAGCUGGUUGGGACUAAAAAAGGAAAACAGUGUUCAGCUUAUAUUACAUUAGGGGAGUUUAAAAAUGGCAACAUUGAGGUUCAAGAUGUAGACCACAAGAUUGCCUUUGAUAUUGAGUGUGUACGCAUCGUUGUGACGGCCAGUCAGAAAGAAUGGCUUAUUAUUAGGAGUAUAAGUUUAUGGACUACACAACCUCCCAGCCAAUGAAGACUAUACACAAAGACUCUUAGUUUGUCGUUUAGACUAGGGUUUUUACUAUGAUUAUGAUUUGUUAAUGUGUGAAUUUUCAGGAUUAUUUAUUAAUUUUGUAUGUAUUUAUUAAUACUAAUUUUGAUUGUUAAAUCAAUCAAUAGUUUUUAUACCUGCAAGUUGUAACCUUAAUGGGACAUCAUUCCAGUCUUUAAGGACUGUUCAACUAACCUCAGUGUCCAUCAGCAUAGGUCUUUUCGAUAGUCCAUAGUCCUUUUCAGCAUUUAUGUGGCUGAUAAGUCAUUAUUAUGUUUUUUAUGAACUAUAAUAUUCUAAUGACACAAUCUCAUUAUGUUAUUGUUUUUUAUCCAAGAUGAGGCUUACAACAUUCUCUCUUUUUACCAUCAACAAAUCCUACAAAUAGACCAAAUCCAUUUUUCAUUUGAUCAUUGUGUAGCCAAAGUCUCAUAAAUCUCAUUCUUCUAUAUUCUUUUGUGCCAUGUAGCCAUACCCUGAAAACACGUCCCUCCUAAACCAGGAACAUACACACACUGUUAUUUAUUUUGAGACAUCCCCUGAUGUACCUUUCAUCUGCAUUAAUCCACUUUUGAAAAUGGUGUUCAACUAAUGUGGUAGCCUACUUAAAUUUAUCUUAAGUAACAUUUCCUCAAAGGUCUGUAUUUUUCUAAUGAAACAUAUUAUUUGUGACCCAUUUUCCAACAUUCAUGUCUUUAAUAGGAAUGAAUGGGCUCGGGGCUGAAUGCCACAGACAGUGUGGGCAGGUCAGAAUGUACUGAGCAAUAGACUAAUAUAUUAUUUGUUUUAUUCUUUUCAUGGUAUUAGUUGACAGUAACAAGUGUGUAGAAUAAUUCUAUUAGCUUUCGCCAAACAGAGAGUAACUGGAAGUUAUUGAAGGUUUUGUUUUAUGCAUUUAAUCAAAUGUUAAUCAUUAAGCAUAGUAUGAAACGUUUUUUUUUCCAUAUGAUUUGCAUAAUUUGUCAUAUCAUAAUGUAUAUAUUUCAAAACCUCAUUGUCAAAUGAAAAGUUUUAUUAUUCAGUAUCAUUGUUUUUCAACCACAUCAGCUGACCCUGACUUGAUAGUGUAUUAUACUUUAUGUCAUAAGUGGUUGAUUUGAUUGAUUUACUUUAAGAAUGUUUUUGCAGACUCUUUAGAAAGCUGCUGCAAGUCUCAAUUUUACAGUUCUGUUGCUUUGUAUAAAUAUUUUGAAGCACUCUGUGUUUAAACAUGAGCAGAAAUCUGCUAGGAAAUGCAAUUAUGUGUUUUUAAGAAACACUUCUCAUCCAAUUAUAACUAUCGUGUCUCAUUCAAUUUUUCAUGACUGAAAUGAAACCUGCAGAAGUGCAGCACUGGGAUUUCUCUCUGAGAAUGUCCCCAUUUGGCCCUUAAUUAUUUUCCUCCUUGAAACCCCACCAGGAAAGUUCCAGAGGUCAUUGCUUCCUUCGAUAUUCAUAAUGUAACACCCAACUUUUUCAAGUUUCAAAUGUUGCCCCCUGCUGUAAUUGUCUCCUCUAUUGUGGUGGAGGAGGGCGUGGAAGUAGGCCGAGCUCUCUUACCGGCACUGUAUGUUCCGUCCAGGCUGCUGACAGGAGAACAAUGUCUGUUUUCACCCGUCGGCUCAAAGAGAUGAGAUUAGAUUGCACAGUGAAGAAUGGUCAAGGUGUGCUCUUAGAUCUCUUUUUUUUCCCACCACAGCACAAUUUUCACCUAGUAAAUUGGUCUGUGUUUUCCUCACUCUGUACACCAGCAAAACAACAUCUCCCCCGGAGCUAUAGGAUCUCAAUUCGUUCUUUCCCCAAUGUUGCGCUCACACAACUACAGUGUUCCCCCCCCCCCCCCCCUACACGGUUGCCUCUCUGUGAGCUUUCCUCUCGGCUCAGGCUGUCUGCUGCUGCUUUGGGGGAAAUCGGUUGGCUUUUGCCAUGAAGAUCUUUUCCUAAGUCCACAUCCUAAUCUAUGUUACACAGUAGACAUCUGCAAAAUGUAACUCAUCAUCACCGUGAUCCUCAAAGCAAUUCACAACUAUGCUUUACAAAUAGCCUUGUCAUUUUCCAUGUUCACGUAGUUAUAAUCUGUCGUUGAGCGAUGUUCAGUGACAGAUUGGUUUCCUGAUUGAAAUGGCAUCAAGGAAUCACUCAACAAUGCAAUAAAGAGGUAAAUGUUUACAUAACACUGAUGUUAUUUAGGGACGUGACGUGCGAAACAGAUCGUGUUCAUAAAGCAUGCUGCGACAGUUUUGUUAAGUGUUGUUCUGCUGUUGCGAUAGACACCUGUUCUAUGUUUUCUCUCAAGGUCUCGCUCAGUGUCGAGACAUUUCGCAGAUUGGCUCGUAGCACCGCCUCGAAAUCCUUCCCCAGCAAAUCCCCCCUGUGCUAUCUGAGAUGAAAUUAGAAUGGCCACCCCCUCAAAAUACGGCUUAUUGUUUUUCCCCACCAUUUCCCUUGGAAUGCAGCUAUUCAUUUUGGUGAAUGGUUCUGUGACCUGCAUGUAUCAUCUCCUUGGAGGGGAACCUGUUUGAAUGGAUGAUGCACAGAAUCUCCAAUAUGCUGCGUGUGUGGUAUUCUUUACAACGCGCACCAUGUUGCCAAUUCAGGAUUGUAUUACCUGCUUAUGAGCUAUAAACACAUGAUGUCACCACUGACAAGUGUAAUAGAUGGAUUUGAUACGCCUCCUGCCCAAGUAGAGCAACGGUGUUAAGAGGCAAGAUAUAUCUGGAAGGGAAAUGAUCUGGCUUUAUUUGAAGUAAGACGGUGUCCUAAACUAACUGCACGUUGCAGAUUUAUGGACGGAUUUACAUCCUGAAGAUAACAACAAAAGCUGCAUAAAUUCUUUGCCAUUGGCAGCAAGGUUGGACCGAGACCAUUAUCGAAAUACUCAACAACUAUAAUGUUCUCCGAUUUGGUACUUACAACAAUAAGUGGCUAUCUUAACUGUCCAUUUAUCAGGAAUACGACACUAGCUGUAUGGGCCGGCAGAGGUGUGUUGAUCACUUGAAUAAAGGUAACUGUCAGAGUUUGUUUUAUUGUAAAGGCUGCGAGGGUCCAAGCCCCGAAGUUCAACUGACAAAUGUGAAUAUGAUGGGUCCUGACUUAUUUGAAAUGUAAGUUGUCUUCCGGUAGAGCAUGUACAAAGUGCAUGAACAAAAGCAUCUUCAGUGGAUAUAACAACUCCUUUCGUACACCAGGAUCUAUGAAUUACUGUUCAGCUUCUGCUAAUGAAAUUGUACUGGGUUUGUACGUAGAAGCCGACGCUACCUUACUACUGGUUCACAUGUGCUGUAUAUCGUUAAGUGGAGCAAGUGUGUUAAGAUGUUGUUUCUGUGUCCGUUUUACUUUCCAUUGUUCUCUAAAUGGUACGUAUUGUAAGAUGACAUAUAUUUUUUUACACGUAUCGUUUCAAAUGUUGUAUUGUAUAUAUUGUACUUAAAUGAAAUUAGAUUAAACAAAUGAAUGCCA